AUGUCGGGAACCAGAAAGAAGGCUCUUUUGAAAGUUAUUAUUCUUGGUGACUCAGGUGUUGGAAAGACUUCGUUGAUGAAUCAGUACGUGAAUCGGCGAUUCAGCAAUCAGUACAAGGCUACAAUCGGAGCCGAUUUCUUGACUCGUGAUGUAAACAUUGAUGAUCGAACUGUUACACUCCAGAUUUGGGACACCGCUGGCCAGGAACGCUUCCAAUCACUCGGGGUUGCUUUUUACCGUGGUGCUGACUGCUGUGUUCUUGCUUUUGAUGUCACCAACGCAGCUUCAUUCAAAUCGCUCGACUCUUGGCGUGAUGAGUUUCUGAUUCAGGCUAGUCCACGUGAUCCGGAUCAUUUCCCAUUCGUUUUGUUGGGAAACAAAGUCGACUUGGAGUCGCAGCGUGCCGUUUCCUCAAAACGUGCUCAGUCUUGGUGCCAGACGAAAGGAAACAUUCCGUACUACGAGGUGUCUGCCAAAGAAGCAUUGAAUGUCGAAGCUGCUUUCUUGGCUAUCGCUAGAGAUGCUCUGGCGAGAGAGUCGCAGGAAACCAACGACUUCCCAGAGUUCCCCGAUCAGAUUCGUCUCAACCCUAACCAGCAAAAUCAACAAAAUUCGGGAUGUAAUUGUUAG